GACACACAGAUAUAGAAGACAGUGUUGUCCUGCGAUUCUGGGUCCUUAGGUCUGGGCCCUGGCAUCAUCUCAGGCACAGGACCAUUAAUCAAAGCCAGAAGUUGUACAGAGGUGUUCCCAUGUGUCCAGUGGAGAAGGUCAAGUGGUGACAUAACCUUGGGCACAGCCUGGAGAUGAGACUGAGAGGGGAGUGUUCAGGGAACUGCAGGACCCAUGACGUGGGCUGAUAAAGACUGAGGGCAUGAGUCAUUCCUGGGAUGGCAGCCUGAGGAGCUGGGCCUCUCCUGAGGGGGCGGGUCCAUGCCACGUUGGCCGCAGAGGAGGGAAGUGAUCUGACGCUGGGUCCGAAGAGGCUGCUCUGCCUGCCAAGAGGAGGAAGACUGGGGAUGAGGGUGGAGCCGGGGGCCCAGUGGAGGGCACAGUCCUGGUAAAUGUCGAUUGUGACUGGAUCCUGGCAAUGGCUCUGUAGCAGGAGAGGAGGUGAGUCUCUCAUUCUCGUUUGUGGUAGAGCUGAUUUUCUGCUGUACAGGAUGAGAGAGAGUAGUCUGACAUGAUCCCAGGAUGUUUGCCUCUACGUGACGGUGGGGAUGCCAUGUCUGAGAUGGGAAGUCAGAAGUAGGAGUAAUGGACAGAAGGACUGUCCAGAGUUCCGUGUCCCCAUGCUGAGUCUGAGAUAUUGUCGGGGUGUCUUGUGGGAGGUGUCAAGUGGGCCACUGGAAACACACACCUGGAGUUCAGGGAAGGUGUGGUUCAGGAUUGAAGAUACCCCUGAGCAGGUGGAUGGCAUGUGGACCAGGUCAGAUUCCAGGCCCUCAGGUCAUGUGUGAGUGCCAUGAAAUUUGUAGGCUGGGGAGGGUGUUCUCCGUGGACUGGCUCACCUCCCUGGGCACAGGGACAGGGGUGGCUGUCAUCACUAAGAUGGAUGAGGCAGUGCAGUGACCAUGAGUGUGUGGGGGAUGGGAGUGGCCUCAGGGGAGGUCCUGGUCGUGGCACAGGAUUCGAAGGGGUGGAUAAGGUAUGGAUUGAGAGGCAAAGCAGGAAUGGAGGUGAGAUGACAGGGAGGUAAGGCCUGGGGCAUUGUUUCCCCUCCACAGGCUCAGAGUCUUGUGAUGACUGCGGUUGGAGCCUGAAGAGAGGCCAUGUGAUCUUUGAGGAUGUGGCUGUGUCCUUCUCCCAGGAGGAGUGGGGUCUCCUUAACGAUGCUCAGAGACUCCUCUACUGUGACGUGAUGCUGGAGAACCUGUCACUUAUAGCCUCUCUGGGGUGUUGGCGUGCAGUAGGUACUGAGGAGGCUGCUUCUGAACAAUGUGUUUCUGUAGAACAAGUGACACAAGACAGGAAUCCAAAUCCAGACCUAUCUAUCCUGAAGACUCUUACUUCAGAUACAGGUGCCCUGGGAGAGAAAGACGUUUUGUACCUGGCUGAGCACCAAGGAGUGCAUCCUGGGCUGAAACCGUCCUCUUCUGGGGCUUGUGGGAAAAUGUUCACUUCUCACCUACAACAGCACCAGAAGCAGCCCAGUGGAGAGAAACACCUCAGAAGGGAAGAGAACGGGGCCUUGCUUGUGACGAGCUGCAAAGUCUUUUUACCCAACAAUAUGUUCGCAUGUGGAGAGGUUGAGAAGGCUUUCCUAGGCAGCUUGGGCUUUCCCCAGCACCAGCCCUCCCACGAUGGACAGCAUCCACGUAGAAGCAGGCAGAGCAGGGAGGUCUCUCACCCUGGGCAAGGGCAUUAUGAGUGCAGCGAAUGUGGCAAAGCCUUCAGUAAGAAGUAUAAAUUCACUGAGCACCUGAGAGUUCACACUGGAGAAAAACCUUAUGGGUGCAGCGACUGCGGGAAGUUCUUCAGACUCAGGGGGGGUCUUUCUCAUCAUCGGAGAGUUCACACAGGAGAAAAGCCUUUUGAUUGCAGUAAAUGUGGGAAAGUCUUCAUCUACAAAUGUAAACUUGUUCAGCACCAAAGAGUCCACACUGGAGAAAGACCCUAUGAGUGUAAUGAAUGUGGGAAAGCCUAUGCCCGCAAGGAUUCACUUGUCCAGCACCAAAAGGUCCACACUGGAGAGAAACCUCAUAAAUGCAGUGAAUGUGGGAAGCUCUUCCUUUACAGAAAUAAACUUCUUGUGCAUCAGAGGAUCCAUACUGGAGAAAAGCCUUUUAAGUGCACUGAAUGUGGGAAGUCCUUCAGUUAUAAAACCAGUCUUAUUAUCCACCAGAGAACCCACACUGGAGAAAGGCCUCAUAUGUGCAGUGAGUGUGGGAAAGCCUAUGUCAACAAAAAAAGUCUUAUUGUACACCAGAGAAUUCACAAUGGAGAAAAAGUUUAUGGGUGUAAGAAAUGUGGGAACUUCUUUAUAAGCAGCUUUGCCCUCAAUAAACACCAGAAUAUUCACACUGCACAAAGGCGUUACGAGUGCAGCGAAUGUGGGAAAGCUUUCAAGAGGAAAAUCAGACUUGCUGAGCACCAGAGAAUCCACACUGGAGAAAGACCCUAUGAGUGUAAUGAAUGUGGGAAAGCCUUCAAGCUAAAGAAUACACUUGUUAGCCACCGAAAUGUCCACACUAGAGCAAAGCCUUUUCAGUGCAGUGAAUGUGGGAAGCCCUACAGUAACAAAACAAGUCUUGUUGUCCACCAGAGAAUCCACACUGGAGUAAAGCCUUUUCAGUGCAAUGAAUGUGGGAAGCCUUACAGUUACAGAACAAGUCUUAUUGUCCACCAGAGAAUCCACACUGGAGAAAGGCCUUAUGAGUGUAGUUCUUUGUAUGUAGCUCCAAGCUCAUAAAAAAGAGGAAAGUUCACACUGGAGAAAUGCUUUCUGGACUUAUGCGUUCCUUCACUUGAGUUAAUAUCUAGCACCACAAUUCCUGUGUUGUAGAGUAGGUGAAUGUUUAACUUAUGUGGGGUCAAACUUUUUAAAGUGAUAGUAUCCUUUUACAGUCUCGCCAGAAACACCAGGACCCAAGUUCCCAUUCUUUCCAUUCUUACCAACACUUGGUACGUGCAGGCUUUCUAAUUUUUGUGACAUCAUAGGUGUAUAGUGGUAUCAAGUGAUUUUAAUUUGCAUUUCUCUAAUGACAUGAUGCUGAGUGGUCUUCCAUGUGUUAAUUUCCAGCCAUAUAUUGUUAUUGAAAUUUCUGUUCAUUUGAUUUGUUGUUCUAAUUACUGAG